GUAAUAGAAGUAUGAAUAAAUAUCAAUAAAUAGGGUGGCAGCAUCCUUGAUAAGUUAGAGACAGUUAUCAGGGAGGCUUUGUGGAUAAACUAUGAGGUAGUGGCCACAUAAAUCAGCAGGUGACAGACUACACAACACAGAAAACACACAUGUAAAUAUGUAGGUGCACUCAUGCAGCCUUAUCCAGACACUGGCUUUAUUUCUUUCUGUGCUCUUAAGUGUGUGUGUGUGUGUGUGUGUGUGUGUGUGUGUGUGUGUGUGAGGCAAAUGGAGCAGCUACUAAUAUAUUCAUGGAACAGGGAGGCAGGGAAUCAAUACAAGUCAGUCCGCUGCAUUUUACAAGUUUGAGGGCAGUGAGGAGGCAUCAACGGGUGAGAAUGGCUGCUGCUCCCCCGAGGUUUGCGAUCACAUUCGGUCAGGUGCUGCCACCCUAUGGUGAAACGGCGUCGAUGUGAAGGCGCAGGAGAAUGACUUGUGGUUCAGCGGUUUAUGUGUUCGUGUUUUGGUUUCUCACGUCUCCCUGAGCACAGCUGCUGACCUCUGCCUGCUGAUCCACCAUGUCUGUCCGGCUGCACGCGCUACUGACCCUCUGCCUGGCCUUCACACAGGGUGGUUGUAUGUAUCCCAACCACCACUGGGGGGAAUGGAACGACUCUCAGCUUCUGCCAACAAUUCAGAAGCUGAUGAAAGGAUACAACCGCUACCUCAGACCUAAUUUCAAUGAGGGCCCCGUGGAAAUUGGAAUGAGUCUUGAUAUCGCCAGCAUUGAUGCCAUCUCCGAAAUCAAUAUGGACUACACUGCAACUAUCUUCCUCCGUCAGCGGUGGCGUGAUUCCCGCCUGGUGUUCCCAGGAAAUGAGAGCGUGAGCGUGGACGGACGCCUUGUGUCACUGCUCUGGAUCCCUGACACCUUCAUCCCCGACUCCAAGCGCUCCUUCCUGCAUGACGUCACGGUGGAAAACCGCCUCAUCCGCAUCUUCAGCAAUGGAACUGUUCUCUACGCCCUGCGCAUCACAGCUACGAUUGCCUGCAACAUGGACCUGACCAAGUACCCCAUGGACAGACAGGUGUGCACCCUGCAGCUGGAGAGCUGGGGCUACAACCUGCAGGAUGUGGUGUUCUACUGGACCAGAGGGAAUGACUCAGUGAAGGGUCUUGACACACUGCGGCUGGCUCAGUACAGUGUAGAGAGCUACUAUACGUCAGUGUCAGAGGCUGUGUAUGAGACAGGACAAUACCCCAAGCUGGUGUUGCAUUUUGCACUGCGUAGAAACGUGUUGUUCUUUAUCUUGGAGACAUAUGUUCCCUCUGUUCUGCUGGUGGUUCUCUCCUGGGUCUCUUUCUGGAUCAGCCAGUCCUCUGUCCCAGCUAGGACCUGUAUUGGCGUCACAACAGUCCUGACAAUGACCACACUGAUGAUGGGCGCCCGCACUUCCCUGCCCAACGCCAACUGCUUCAUCAAGGCCAUAGACGUUUACCUGGGAAUCUGCUUCACCUUCAUCUUUGGUGCACUGCUGGAGUACGCUUGUGCCCACUUCUACACCAUGCAGCACCAGACCAUAGAGGAUUUUCACAGGGAUCUCCUGAGGGAGUUCAAUGAAUCCAAUGGAAACGGCUCCAUCCCCAUCGUCAGCUCCACCCAACCAAACCAGUCUGUGGAGAUCGCCUCCACUGCAGAGGAGCCCACAGAGCAGUCAGAGAACAGUGACACAAGGAACAAUGCCGGAUCAAAAGAGAAGACGCCGGGACAGGGCUGUGGCCUGUCUUCAGUGAAGGAUGCGUCGCGCAGGGCAGCAUCUGUCUUCCAUGUGGAAAAUCCACACAACAUUGAUCGCCACGCUCGCACUGUUUUCCCCACGGCGUUCCUCUUUGUCAAUAUCCUCUACUGGCUUUACUACCUCUUUCUCUGAGCACCGGUUCCAAGCUGCUGCACUGUUAAUUUCACUGUCCUGAAGCUGCUCUACCUCCUCAUUUGAGACCCAAUACCAGUUGCCACUGCCUGGAUCAAUACUAAUCAUACAACCAUUUUGUAUCACAUAUAGAAAACCUUUUUGUCCCACAGACAGGUGACAAAGUGAUGAAAAGCAGUUGAAUCAGAAUUUCUUCUUUGCAUCACUCUGUAUUGAAAGCAAUUAUUGAUCACGUAUGAACAGAUGGCUACCAACAUAUUAACAUGUAAAAGUGACUAUACAAAGCCUGUAUCUGUCUAUUUACUGACAAUUCCACAGAAAAAAAUGAGGAUGAGUUAACUAUCUGUAAACAAUAGGCUGCCUGAACUGCAUCACACUAUACUGUGCUGCAUUGAAUUGCCUUCAUUUAGUGACUGAUGUAGAUGUAGAUGUUUUUCUUGUUUUGGCUUUCAUACUUUGUUUGUAUGAGACCACUGUACUGUACAUUUACUUCACAGCAUAGCAUGUGAAAUUAAAAGAAUAAAUCAGUGA